AUGCAUCUCCUCACCACCCUCACCACCCUCCUCCUCACAACCCCCCUCCACGCCACACCCCUCUCCCUCACCCCCCGCAAAUCCCACCCCGUCCCCCUCCAAAAACCCUUCUGCAAGCCCGCCACCCCCGGAAUCUGCACGCUGGCAGUCAGCUGGCCCGCCGCAACCCCCAAACUGCACACCCUCGAGCUGUACAACUCGCACUGCCGCCUCAUCGGCAACAACAACACCAUCCCAGCGCUCACAGAGAACUUCAACCUGUACAGCGAGCUGCCCUACGUCGUGGUGGCGACCACCCACUGGCCCAGCUUUAAGUACAAGGGCGAUCGGUAUAAUGAGGAGACUACCGGCUUGAAGGGGAUGAAGCAUGCGUGUGAGAUGGGGGCGGGUGCGAAGGGGGUCGAGGGUGUGGUUUAUAUGUGUGAGUUUGAUUGUGAGGUGGGGGUUUGGGAUGAGGUUAGGGAGGUGGUGCCGGGUAAUGCCACGGAGCCUUCUGGGACUGUUGGUUGA